GCUUCCCACCGACCGGGCCGCGCAUGCACGGCAGUAAAACGGAGCGCCUAGAGACGGAGGUGACCGCACAGUUGAGAUCCCGCCGGGUAGUCAUCUCUGCUUCUUCGGCCUCCGUGGUGGGGGUGGCGGUGGCGGGGUGUGUGUGUGUUAAGCGAGGGCCCCCGCCAUGCCGCCUCCGGGUCAAGUCCGCCUCCCAGACCUGGAUGCGGUGAAGCUCCGCGUCCGCAGCCUGAUCAGCACCCACUGGGUUAUGAUCUUCAGCAAGAGCUACUGCCCCUUCUGCAGGAAGGUGAAAGAUCUCUUUCAUACUCUGGGAGUAGAAUAUAGUGCUCUGGAGCUUGACAAGAUCGAUGAUGGGCCUAUUAUCCAGGAAGUAUUACUAGAACUGACGAGCCAAAGGACUGUCCCCAAUGUGUUUAUAAAUGGAAACCAUAUUGGUGGAUGUGAUCAAACUUUUCAAGCUUACCACGAUGGCACAUUGCAGAACCUUUUAGGGAAUAAAAAGGGUGAAGAGAUGGAAUCAUAUGAUUAUGACCUAAUUAUUAUUGGUGGUGGUUCUGGUGGACUUGCUUGUUCCAAGGAAGCUGCCACCUUAGGGAAGAAGGUCAUGGUUUUAGACUACGUUGUGCCAACACCAUUGGGUACUACAUGGGGGCUUGGUGGUACUUGCGUAAAUGUUGGCUGCAUUCCUAAAAAGUUGAUGCAUCAGGCAGCUUUAUUAGGUCAGGCACUGCAAGAUUCAAGAAAGUUUGGCUGGGAAUAUGAUCAGCAAGUUAAACACAAUUGGGAAACCAUGGUUGAAGGAAUUCAAAAUUACAUAGGGUCUUUGAAUUGGGGAUAUCGGGUGGCUUUACGUGAGAAGACUGUGACAUACCUCAAUGCGUAUGGAGAAUUUAUUGGACCACAUAAAAUCAAGGCAAUCAACAGAAAAGGACAAGAAACUUUCUAUACAGCACAGACAUUUGUGAUUGCUACUGGAGAAAGACCGCGAUAUUUGGGUAUCCCAGGAGAUAAAGAAUAUUGUAUCACGAGCGAUGACCUCUUCUCCCUCCCCUAUUGCCCUGGAAGGACUCUAGUUGUGGGAGCCUCUUAUGUAGCUUUGGAAUGUGCAGGAUUUCUUACUAGCCUUGGUUUGGAUGUCACUGUUAUGGUACGCUCAAUUCUUCUUCGUGGCUUUGAUCAAGAAAUGGCAGAGAAAGCAGGUGCCUACAUGGAAACACAUGGAGUAAAAUUCAUCAGAAAGUUUGUUCCUAUUGAGAUUAUAAAGCUGGAGGAUGGCAUGCCCGGAAAACUCAAAGUAAUUGCAAAAUCCACUGAAGGAUCACAAGUGAUUGAAGGAGAAUAUAACACUGUUUUGAUAGCUGUUGGCCGUGAUGCUUGCACCAGGACUAUUGGCUUGGAUAAAAUUGGUGUGAAAAUGAAUGAAAAUAAUGGGAAGAUACCUGUGACUGAUGAAGAACAAACCAAUGUACCUUACGUCUAUGCAAUUGGGGAUAUUUUGGAAGGAAAGCUGGAACUUACACCAGUUGCCAUACAGGCAGGCAAGCUAUUAGCUCGCAGACUUUUUGGAGGAAGUUCUGUAAAGUGUGAUUAUGUUAAUGUGCCAACUACAGUGUUUACACCUUUGGAAUAUGGUUGUUGUGGCUUCCCCGAAGAAAAAGCUAUUGAACUAUUUGGACAAGAAAAUAUAGAGGUAUAUCACACUUACUUCUGGCCACUUGAAUGGACAAUACCAAAUAGAGACAACAAUACCUGUUAUGCAAAAAUAAUCUGCAAUAAGCUUAAUGAUAACCGUGUGAUUGGAUUACAUGUACUUGGACCUAAUGCUGGGGAAAUAACCCAGGGUUUUGGGGCAGCAAUGAAAUGUGGUAUCACAAAAGAAUUACUUGAUGAAACAAUUGGCAUACAUCCAACUUGUGCAGAGGUAUUCACUACAAUGGGAAUUACCAAAGCUUCAGGAAAAGAUAUCAGUCAGAGUGGUUGCUGAGGUUAAGCCCUGCUGUUUAAACUAUUUUCUGAUGGGCCACUUACCUAUUGGAAGUUUCAUAAUGCAUACCAAAUACACGGGUAAAUAAGUAAUAUGUGAUUGUAGUAUUUUAAUACUACAGGUGAUGCAUUUCUGAAACUUUUAUAAAAGAUGGUGGUCUUUGCCAGAAAUAGUCAAACAGCAGGGUGAACAGUAAUCCCAACAUGAUUAGAAUGGCACGCAAGUGUAUUUUUGAAGUUAUAGCUCUGAACCUCAUCUGGAGGCGAGUCAUGGCUGAUGAUUUCUAUAUCAGUUGGGAAAACCUAUUCGUCCAGGCAAACAAGUAGAAAAAUUUCUUUCAGAGAAACUUCUGUAUUGCACAGGUGAAAUUUUUCAGUUGUAGUGGUUUUGUAUGAACACUCAGGCACAGUUGAAUGUAUGGUCGAUAUAAAUUUUGCUAGCAUCCCGUUAACUUCAUUCAGACACUAGUGCAUUUUGUUACUUGUUAAUAUGAAUGCUAUGGUUUGUUUGCAUUUUUUAAAUAAAUAUUCCAGUUCAUUUAUCAGAAAUCUGUUAAUGCAUUGUAUUCCCCUGGGCAUUAAAGUUCCAACGACAUGAAAUGUAGUAUGUGUUUUUUAAAAAUAAAAUCCCUAUAAUUCUAGUUAUCAGAAAAAGCAAUGUUAACACAUGAAAUUAUAUUUACUAAUUUUGGGGAACAUUUACUAUUUUGGCAUUUCUUUUUUAAAAAAUUCCUCCAUCUCCCAUAUUUAUCUAUUCUAAAAUAUUCCCAAAUAAAAUUGAAACCAUCUGUUUAUGAUGUUUUCUGUUUAUGCAGUAAGCAAAUAAUUUCAGCCAUAGAAUUGAAAUGUAUUUGGUUAGGUUGCUACUUUGUAAGUACAUUGUCUCUACUUUGCCAUAGCAGUGACAAUUAGGUUUUGUGCUUUGUGAAAUUCCUAUUACAGUAAAUAGUUUUAAUCUGCGGAGAUCUCCUUGGCAAUCCUCUACUUGGGAUAGCUUGAGGAGGUUAGGCUUAUGUAUUCAAAUAUGUAUGUUCUAAAUGCUUCAAUUCAAAAAUUGUAUUGCAUAGAGUUUUAAACUAUGAUGCAUCAUGGAAGAGAAGUUCCAAUAAGCAAUGUUAUGUAUGUAAAUUGUUACAUUCAUUAAAGAAUGCAGCUUUUGCUAAAAUAAGUAUGC